AUGAUGUUGGACUCAUCAAUCUCCAACAAAUCCUCCUCUUCGUCGUCCAAAUUUUCCUCCUCAGCCUCCUCCUUUUCAUCUCCGUCAUCGGACUCAGGUUCCUCUUUUGGCGCAUCGUCGUACUGGCGUCUUCUUCUCUUCUUUUUAGGCUUGUCCGAUUCUUCUGGCGCCCGUUUCUUGUCCGAGUCUACGUCCUCAGAAACUUUUGGAGACGCUUCGGAUUCCGCUUCAGCAGCUUUGGCACCAUUGGCAGCAUUGGCAGCAUUGUCUGUCUCUGGAACAUCAGCAACUUUCUCCUCUGGCUUAGCAUCCACAGGCUUUUUCUCUGUUUCGGUGUCGGACAUUUUGGUCAAGAGAUUGCUAGUGCUUCUUCCAUAUACGGCGCGCGCUUUGCUAUAUAAUAUAUAUGGUUUGGGUUCCGCGACGGGCGAUAUGGUGCACACACGUCUCUUGUCUUCACAGACUCACAAAGCAUCGCCGUAA